AUGGUGAUCCGUGAGGCCAGCACAGAACAGGCCUCUUUAAGCCAGGUGUUGCCCCAGGUGCGCUAUCUGCACAUCUUCCUAGAACAGGUGCAUCGGCACUUCCAGAAGCAGGGAGUUGGGGAGGUGGGUGCGGCCUUGCGGCUGGCUGAGGGCUUGGCCUUGCAGCUUUCCACAGAUUGUAAGCUCAACGAUCUCUUCUACCGAGAGGAAUUCGUGCUGGCCACGUUGCUGGAUCCCCGGUUUAAGGGCAAGGUUGAGGCCAUCCUGCCCGUAGGGGCUGACAUUGAUCACUGGAAACAAGUCCUUGUGUACAAGGUGAAGGAAAUUAUGGUUUCCCAGUAUUCCCUGCCCACCUCAGGCUCCCUGCAGCGCACCAGGAGCUCUCGAGUGAACACCAACAAAGUAGCCAAGGGCCCACGAGCCCAGAAGAAGGGCCAGAAGGAGCCUCUGCAGAAAGGCAGCGAGUCUGGCUCUCUCCUGGUCAUCCAGAGGGAGAAGACCUUGCUGGAGCAACUGGAAAGCGUGGGACUGAUGGCUUCAGAAAGCAGCGGGGCCUCGCUGUCCACUGAGAAUCACAUAGCCAGCAUCAUUGUCAGCCGGUACCUGCGAGAGAACGAGACCAUCGGGGCUCAGGAGGACCCAUUGUAUUACUGGGAGAAGAAACGUAAAACCUGGCCAGCUCUGACCCAGCUGGCCACAGUCUAUCUGUCUUGCCCGCCCACAAGAGCCUUCUCUGAAAAUGUCUUUGGUGCCCUGAACAGCCCCAUCAUCACAGAAAAGGGCUCCCCGCUCAAAAUGGAGACUGUGGAGCAGCUCCUCUUCCUCAACACCAACCUGGAGAGCUUCCCCAACUACACCCCACCACCCUUCAACUGCUCCAGUACUGACCCUGCUGAGCAGGAGCAGGCCCUAUAG